AUGGUUCAUAUCACAGAGGAGAUGGUGCGGCGGCGAGCUGAGCACAACGACUGUGAGAUCUUCUCUCUGGAGGAAGUUUCUCUGCAUCAGCAGGACAUCGAGAGGAUCGAGCACCUGGACCGGUGGUGCAGGGACCUGAAGAUCCUCUACCUGCAGAACAACCUGGUCUCCAGGAUGGAGAAUCUCAGUCGCCUGAAGAAACUGGAGUAUUUGAAUUUGGCUUUGAACAACAUUGAAGUCAUUGAAAACCUUGAAGGCUGCGAGAGCCUCCAGAAGUUGGACUUGACGGUGAACUUCAUCGGCUGCUUGAGCAGCGCGGAGUCUUUGAGACACAACGUCCACCUGAGGGAGCUGUUCCUGGUCGGGAACCCCUGCACCGAGUUCCAGGGCUACAGACAGUUCCUGGUUUCCUCUCUGCCACAGCUCAAGUCUCUGGACGGGACGGAGAUCAGCCGAUCGGAGAGGAUUCGAUCCUCACAGGGACUGAAGGAGGUGAAGAGACGAGUGUUAGAGCAGGAGAAAGAAUUCCUGAGGAGGAGAGCCGAGGAGAAGGAGGAGGUGCAGAGGAAGGCUGCAGGAGAGGAGAAAGGAAACAAGGAAAGGAGAGGAGAGGUGGAGGAGAACGAGGAGAGCCAGGAGAAUGAGGAGAACGAGGAGGUGGAGGAGAACUCAAAGCAGCGGGUGUCGGAGGAGGAGCAGCAGGAGCAGCAGGAGCAGGAGGAGCAGGAGUUCUGGAACACGCCGUGUUCGUUCACCCCCGAGUCUCGUCUGGAGACUCAUCGCCACCUGGAGAAGAAGAGGAGGGCAAAGGAGAAGGGGGCGGAGCAGCAGCCGAAGGCCUCUAGGACCCUGAUCACCGCUGAUGGACGAGUCAUGAACGUCAACGAGCCGAAGUUGGAUUUCUCUCUCACUGAAGACGAGCAGAACAACACUGUGGUCUUAGACCUGGCCGUGUACAGACACAUGGACACGUCCCUCGUGGACGUGGACGUCCAGACCACGUACGUCCGAGUCAGCGUCAAAGGAAAGAUGUUUCAGGUGGUCCUGCCGGCUGAAGUGAGGCCGGACAGCUCCACGGCUCAGAGGUCUCAAACCAGCGGACACCUGGUCCUCACCAUGCCCCGGGCUGAAGGUGAAAUCAAAGUGUCCAAGGUCGUCCCACGUCCAGCCGGUGUGCGUCCCAGCAGAGGCAGCAGCUCCUCCCAGCACAGUCUGAGGAACCCUUCCUCCCCCGAGUGGCUGGACGUGGACCCCAGCGGGCGAACCACCCUGGACCUCGGCAGCAUCGUACCGGGCCCCAGAACCAGACGAGGUCCAGUGGAAGCCUCUGGGGCGGCUCCACCUGCGGCCCCCGCUCACUGCUGCUUCUCUGAAGGCUUCGUGGACGAUCCCGAGGUCCCCCCCCUCAUGUAG